GAUGUCCUGCUCUUCAAGGGAGCCCUGAGGGGCCGCCAGAGAAAGAAAGAAAGAAAGAGGUUGCCUUUCUACCUGGGAGGCUUCCCAAAGUGGCCCCUUCUUGGCAGCCGGACGAAGGAGCAGCAAGGUACAGAAAAGGGCGCCUUAGUUUUCCCAGCUGACAGGUUGAGUCCAGAGUGCCUGUGGAGUCACUAGCCUCCAGCAAGGAACAUUCUUUCCCAGGCUAACAGUUGCCAUGCGGUGCUUUCUGAGGCGGUCACUCACAGUGGUCAUUUCCCUGCUGGUGUUCCUGCUUGUCAUAAAUCUGUCUUCCUGGCCCCAAGAGGAUUCUGCAAUGAAGGAAGUGCGGCAAUGGGCUCAGGAUGUGGGCCUUCACCAGCUUCAUGCCAAACAGAACCGUCAUAGCCUUCAAAGGCUAAGCAAUGCUACCAGCUUCCUGAAUGUUUCUUAUCAUUAUCUUGCUGGCAUGCCACCACUCCAGAAAAAGUUCCUGACAGUGGGGCUUUGUUCUGUCAAACGGAAGCGAGAGAACUAUCUCCUAGAGACCCUGAAGUCUGUUUUUGAACAAUCAACGCAAGAAGAGCUGAGGAAGAUGGUGAUAGUGGUGCACUUAGCUGAUCCAGACCAGGAAUGGAAUGCACAAAUGGUCAAGCAGAUUGCCAAGAGAUUUGCUCCUCAGCUUCUGCUGGGCCACUUGCUACUUAUCCAUGCUCCUUCUGAGUAUUACCCUUCCCUGGAAGACCUAAAGAGGAACUUCAAUGAUGCUGAAGACCGUGUGCAAUUCAGAUCAAAGCAGAAUGUGGAUUAUGCCUACCUCAUGAACUUUGCAGCCAACCUUUCUACCUACUUCCUCAUGAUUGAAGACGAUGUCCAUUGCUCCAAGUCCUUUUUCACAGCUAUCCAAAUGAGGCUGGCUUCCCUCAAAGGCUCCUACUGGGUUACCCUGGAGUUUUCCAAGCUUGGCUACAUUGGCAAGCUCUACCAUUCCAGUGAUCUUCCCCAGCUGGCUCAUUUCCUCAUGCUCUUUUACCAAGAGAUGCCAUGUGACUGGCUUCUUGUACACUUUCGCCUCCUCCUUACGCAAAAGGAGGUGAUUCGUUUCAAACCAUCCCUCUUCCAGCAUAUUGGGCACUAUUCUUCCUUCCAGGGCACAACAAACAAGCUGAAAGAUGAAGACUUUGAAGAAGACCUUUCUAGAUUCCCAGACAAUCCCCCUGCAGAUAUGGUUACAGAUAUUGUGACGUUUGAGAAUUACUUACCCUAUAAGGCUUAUAGCAACAUGGCAGACUAUUUCUGGGGCAAGGCCCCCUCUGCUGGCAAUUCUUUCACAAUUGUGUUUAAGCAGGCAGCCCGUAUCCUCCGUAUCCAAAUCCUUACAGGAUCUGAACACCAUCCAGGGGACUAUCUCCGGGCAGGGCUUGUGGAGUUGGGCACUGAGAAGGGCAAGCAACACUGUAUCAGGUAUACCCCCAUUGGACACUUUGAGCAUGGAAAUUUUGACAGAGAGAACCUAGAGAGCAGCACAGCCUCUGCGCCCGAGUGUGUGCGCAUUACAGUGACUGAGGGUCAGAGUGAAUGGCUGAUCAUACACAGCAUCAGCAUUUGGACAAAACCGAGGCCUCAGUGAACUCCAUACUGAAUUGUCUUAAGUUUUUUGCAGUACAGGAUCACUGCUGGUGGGCAGGUUCUGCUCUUUUGUUGUAAGAAUCCACUAGGCAGAAGAAAACGAUUCUGUAUUCUUGGUCAUCAUGAAUGGUGAUAUUGUUUACAAAUUAGAUGUUUUGGACCUAUAUAUCAUCCCAGAAAUCAGGAACUCCCAACAAUAUUCUGCACAGUUCUGGCUAUUUGCACUAUCUUCAACUGCACCUGUCAGAGAGGCCCCUUUGCAUGAGUCUUCCUGAGCUUCAGGCUGAGCUACUUUGUGCCCACCUUCCUUUUCCUACUUCCAUGGACAGUAUGGUUUUCUUAUGUGGGGCUAGAGAAAUAGCAGUCAAGCUGGAUACCAGAACAGCGUAGUGAACCCAACUUGUAGCCUCCAGAACUAUCUGCUUGGAUUCUCCUUGUCUUUGUCUCUUCUGUAUCUAGUGCCCUGGAAGAACUCUGCAAUAUCUCCAAUGGAGUAUACAUGGAGGCCUUGAAUAGAGAAAAAACGUCGUCUAUCAGUUCCCUAGCUCUAGCACUGCCAACCAUUUCACUGAUUACCUAUACCUCUUGAUCUUCUAAAAUGCAGAUUAAUGGCUCUUUGAGACACGAUAUCAUAGAAGAUCGGGCUGAAUGUGUUUACCAAACUUACAUGGAGCAGAAUUUAGAAAAGCUCCACUCUACAGAGAUUUUCACUAAAGUCAUGAGAACAGUUUCUUGUACUUUAUGAUGCUGCUGAACUAUUUAUAUAUUUAUUUUUAACAAAUAUGUGAGCAACACAUGCACUUGCUAGUCUUUAUAAUUAGAAUAAUUAGCCAAAAACAUCUGCCAGAAGAGAAAGAGACUUCUUACUCUGUCCAAGUAGACCUUGAGUGUGCUCUAUUGCCUUUUACCUGUGGCUGUUUCAGAAGGACUUCAGGGCCAGAGAAUUCAGACAGCUUGCAGUGCUAGGACUCUGUUUCAGUAUAUUUCUACUAGGCACUUCCUGCCAUUUUUUACCAGCUUGCAUCAGCUCCCUUGGUUUGAGGCAUAAAGGGAAGCAUCACAUGGGGUUUGGUAUGAGAGAGAGAUGACGCUAAAGGGUACAAUCUUUUGGGAAAACCACUUCUAGUGUGAACAAAAAGUGGGGAGGAUGGUGUAGUUGCCAGUUUGUAUUGCCCAUCAGAUGUGUUUCAAAAGGGAGCAAGGAAGCAGAGUAAAUUAGAGAAUGGUUACUGUAAUAGUGAAGGGCAGAGAGAGUUAUGGCAGAGGAAAGCAGUGUGAUUAAAAGUGUGGGGUGAACAAUAGGGUACAUUUGUUUCCAAAUUGUUUCCCAAAUUAGGUAUAUGAUCUUGGUAAGAAUCAUCCUCAGUGAAAGUGCUACUGUUGAAUGCAAGGUCAUUCAGUUGGAAAAAAUGGCCUUAGGUCCUGAUCAAGGAUAAGCAUACUGACCUGAUUCAUGGAAGUCUGACUGGAUGAGAUGAAAUAACAAAUCUCUUCUCCAGGAGAUGAAACUGGGCUGGGUGGGGAAGCUUAGUUCUAUUAGUCUACCAUAACUCUGCCAGGGGCAGCAUCUCUCAGUCCUCCAGGUCUGAGUGUUAUAUCUGGAAUCCUUCCAUUUAUCUCUCCUAACAUUUUCCCUUUUUGAGUUAACCAGGAUGGUCCAGAGGAUACUACUGGAACCUCCUCAACUUGGCAUUCCUGAAUGAAAUGGAUUAUUUAGAUCCAUUCAGUCUGGCCUCAUGCCUGGGUUUGAGAUAGAGACAGCUUUGGUUGCCUUGGUAGAUGACCUAUGCAGAGAACUAGACAGGAGGAGUGGUCUCUGUUGGUUCUGCUGGACCUCUCAGUGACUUUUUAUACCAUUGGCCAUAAUAUAAUGUUCUUUGGGGCCACCUCUCUGAAAUGGGGCUCAGGGGCACUGUUUAACUGUGCCUUUGGUCUUGCUUGGAUGGGCAGACUCAGACUGUGAUAGCAAUAACAAUAGCAGCUACAUUACUAUACCGCUUCAUACUGAACUAAGCAAUCUCUAAGUGGUUCACGUGUAAGCUAAUUGCCCCCAACAAGCUGGGUACUAGGUAAUGUGAUGCUGGCGGAUGCCUGUUCAACUCCCUGACCACUAUGCUGAGGUGUGCCCCAGGUUCUGUUCUCCAUGAUGUUUAAUAUUUACAUAAAACCACUGGAAGGAAUCAUCCAGAGCUGUGGGGUUUAGUGUCAUCAGUAUGCUGAGGACACACAACUCUAUUUCUCCUUUCCAUCUGAUGCUGAGGAAACUUCUUUUUAACUAAACCAGUGCCUGAUGUCUGUAAUGGACUGGUUGAGGGUGAGCAAACUGAAACUUAAUCCACAUAAGACAGAGAUACUCCUGGGCCUCAUUCCCACUAUGUUUUAAACCGGUUUGCAAAUCUGUUUGAAGUGGUUUAAAUGACCCUGGUUCACACUUGAACUGUAUUGCUGAAGCGAUUUGGAAAGGGGGGGGGGCAUGCACUGGACUCAUUUAACCCCCAUCUUUUUGCUGCUGAUCUUUUGCUGCAUAUUUUUGGAUAAAUCAAUUCCAUGCAAGUGUGAACCAGAUGCGGAUCGGAAUUGAUUUCAAGAAUCGAUUUGAAGAAUUGAAUUCAUGAAUUGAAUCAAUUCAUUCGUCAAUGUGAACAACAAGUGGGUUAUUUUAUUUUAUUUAAUAGCAAGAAAAUGUGAUUGGGGCAAAUGCAGUGUUAACCACGCUCUGCUGCCGAAUUGAUCCAUCAGUCCAUUAAUUUGUAAGUGGGAAUGAGGCCCUGGUCAGUUCAAAAGGCAGACCAACGAAUAGGUAUUCAACUUGCGCUAGAUGGGAUCACACACACCCUGAAAUCUCAGGUGUGCUCCUGGAUUCAGAUCUGAGCCUGGGUACUCCGGUUUUUACUAUGUUCAGGAAUGCAUUUGCACAGUUAAAACUAGUGCACCAGCUGAACCUGUUUCUUGAGAGGUUAGAUCUGCCUAUGGUGACAUAUGCUGUGAUUACUUCCCAUUUGGACUACUAUAACAUGUUCCACAUGGAGCUGCCUUUGAAAACUGUUCAGAAACAUCAGGAAGUCCAAAAUGCUGUGGCCAGGCUGUUGACCGGGGCUGGGUACAGGAAUCAUGUGGCACCACCCCAAUUGAAAAAACUAUUGGCUACCGGUCCGUUUCCAUGCAGAAUUCAAAGUGCUGGUUUUGACCUUUAAAGACUUGGGUCUAGAUUAUUUGAAAAAUCAUAUCCCAUUACCUUAAUGUGCUUUGAGAUCUGCAGGGGAGAGCUUUUGAUGAGGACUCUAGAGAGAUCCUUCUCUGUGGCUGCUCUUAGACUGUAAAACUCCCAAUUGGCCCCUCCCUGCUCUCUUUCUGCAAGCAGAUGGAGGCAUUUGGUGAUGACAGAGUUUUUAAUGGGUAGGAGGUGUAGCGUUUUUAUUUUAUGUUUUAAAUAUCUUUGUAAUGAUACUUUAACUGGUGUUUUUUAAAUCAAAGUUAGUUUAAUUGUAUUUUAACUUUUAUAUUAAGAGGGUUUUACAAAUUGUUUUGUGUUUUCAAGAUGUUGUAUGCCACUUUGGGUCCAGUACUGGCAGAAAGGCAAGAUAAAAUAAAAAUACUGUUCUGGGAGACUUCGACAUCUAUGCUAGGGUUGUUCUAUUGGAAGUAGCUUCUUUUGAGAACAUAGAUCCUUCCAUUCAAAUUGCAAAUCAGGAAACAACAAUCUUAUGGGUGCCAGGUGGGGUUACACUUCUCCUGAAGACUGAAGUUCCCAGUUGGGUGUACUGUACUUUUGUAUCUGCAUUACCCAUACAUUUUAGUUAUAUCAACUGCAACCAUUUUAGAAAAUUUGACCAUAAUGGCACAUGACUUAGUUUGACCAGUGAUACAUAUCAUCAAUUGACCAGUGAAACAUACCAUUAAUUACUUCUUAUUCUGAUAGAUGAGCUGAUCCAGAAUAUUAUAGUCCAACUAGCAACAGAGAGCAUACAAUUUAAUUGUUACAAUAUACAGUUUCUUUCUAUCACAAUCACAGUUCUGGUUAUGAUCUAUAAAGCCAUGUAUGAUUUGGGCUGUUUGAAAGACCAUUUUUCUUUAUGAGCCAACCCAGGUUUUAAGACACUCAGGGAAGCUAUUAUCUCAGUACCAGCCAUUGCUGGUGAAUGGAAAGACAAGAGAGAGCCUUCUUGGUGGCUGCUCCAAGAGGCUGGGACUCACUACCAAGCAACACUAGGUUGGCUCCUUCUCUGUUGUUUGGCCUUUGAUAGGUAAGAGCAUUCUAAUUCAGGCAGGCCUUUGUUGUGGAAGCUGGUCUAGUCUUAAAAGGCUUCUAAGUAGUUUGCCAAUAGCUAGUCUUUUAUUCAAAAGGAUCUUGCAGCACCUUUGAGACUAACUCUUUGUAUCAU